AAUUCUUCACAAUAAUUUUGAUUCAUUGAUUACUAGUCUUCAAUUUUAAAUAAAAAAAACCAAACACUGCUCCCCCCACUCCCCAUGUGUGUAUGUAUUUGAUAAUAACAGUUUUUUAGACCCAGAAAGUUCUUUGAAAUUCUAUGGGAAUUGGUCAAUUGGAGUGUGACCGGAAAUGAGACCUUUAAGGACACAUGUCUACUCUGCAAACAUUGAAAAGAUUAAACCUGAGUGUCUCUUCUGAGUUGGUUUUUCUAUUUCUGUUUUCUCACCUAGGGAUUGUAGAUUCACAAUCCUGAACCAGCAAACCAAGUCUUAAUAGCUUAGGGAAGCUAUAGUCUGUUCUCUUUUUCUCUGUUUAUUCACAAAAGGAUUUUAGAAGCUUUUAUUUUAUUCCAAGGCAGCAUGUGAAUUUAGGAGGAAAAGGAUAAAAUCUUCUUAGGACAGAAAAGCUAUUUUUCAUCUAGCUUUUCCAUAGCUUUUCGUUCUGUUUAGAAGUUCUCUAGACAUAUAGGCUAGUCAGAGUGAAUAUACUGAAAUGAGUUUUUUUUUUUUCUUCAUGCUAUUUGGUUUGCUUAAUGAGUCCAUGUACUCAUUUUAGUUUGUCUUUCUGCCAUUGAGGUAGUUAUUGAACUUUCUCGAGAGCCAGAAGUUGAGUGAAUUACGUAGGAUACACGCCUUCAAACAAGCUGGCAAACUUUCUUAAAAGGGUUUGUCUUCUCUUCUAGGUCACGUGGAUGAUCUCUUUCCAUUUUUCUUGAGGCAUGCAAAGCAGAUCUUCCCGAUGCUGGACUGUAUGGAUGAUCUGCGCAAGAUCAGCGAUUUAAGAUUGCCGCCCAACUGGUAUCCAGAUGCCAGAGCUAUUCAGAGAAAGAUAAUAUUCCAUGCUGGUCCUACAAACAGUGGAAAAACUUACCAUGCUAUCCAGAGAUUUUUGUCAGCAAAAUCUGGAAUAUACUGCGGUCCGCUAAAACUUCUGGCUCAUGAGAUCUUCCAAAAGAAAUGUGCCAUGUGACUUGGUGACAGGAGAAGAGCGUGUGUAUGCCAAUGAAGAUGCCAGACAAGCUCCUCAUAUUGCUUGUACCAUUGAAAUGUGCAGCACUAAUACGCCUU